GCCGGCUCUUGAAACUGAUGCAGGAGGCGGAACUCAAGCUCCGAGCGGAAUGCUCGAAAAGGGGGACAUGGAAAAGGGAAGCUGUUUCAGAGACCUCUUGAGCUAGGUUUCCCCGUGGCAACGCUUGCACGUGCUUGGCUCCAGUCAGCCACCGUAGGCCCCGCCGGCCGCGAUACGCUUUCCGCCGGUCCCUUGGCCCGUAGCUCUGCGCUUGCUCAGCAACUCGCCUGCCUUGCGCACCCGCCCCCUCCUUCCAUGCCUUCUCCCCCGCAGCAGCCUCCGCGGGCCGCGACUGCGCAUGCGAACUGACGCCCCCACCGGCCCGGCGUGGGAGGGGGGACUGGAAAUGAGGCUGGGCCCAGCGGCUCGCGCGCGCUCCCUCCCCUGCCCUCCCGUCGCAGGGCGCGCGCCGGGCGGUGCAGCUCCACGGCGUCCGAAGGCAGCGCCGCAGUGGCUGCGGCCGCCGAGGGAGGGGCCCGGAGCCCCGCCCCCAGGGAGGGGCCGUCCACAGGUCUCCCCUCUACCCUGCACGGCUCCACCUCCACGCGGGGGUUGAAAUUUAACGACAAGAAGGCAGUUCACGCGGCGUCAAUGGACUGAGACUAAGCCUAGAACCGGCCUGGUAACCACUGGCGUCGGCCCCUCUCCCGCCCUAGGCCCUCCCUCCAGGUUUCUGCGCCAGCAAGAUGCUGGAGCGAGACGCGCAGUCUGCGGCCGGGGGCACCGAUCCUAGUCCCACUGGCAAGGAGCCUGUGACCAAAGGAGAAGCUCCGGACCCAGGCCCGCCGCAGAAGCCCACCCAGUCGGUUCCAGGGCCCGCCACGUCCGCGGGGGCGCCUUCCCGACCCCGCCGUCGGCCCCCACCCCAGCGCCCGCACCGCUGCCCUGACUGUGACAAGGCCUUCUCGUAUCCGUCCAAGCUGGCCACGCACCGGUUGGCACACGGCGGCGCCCGCCCCCACCCGUGCCCCGACUGCCCCAAGGCCUUCUCCUACCCCUCCAAGCUGGCGGCCCACCGCCUCACGCACAGCGGCGCCCGCCCGCACCCGUGCCCGCACUGCCCAAAGGCCUUCGGCCACCGCUCCAAGCUGGCAGCCCACCUCUGGACCCACGCGCCCGCCCGCCCCUACCCGUGCCCCGACUGCCCCAAGUCCUUCUGCUACCCCUCCAAGCUGGCGGCCCACCGCCACACGCACCAUGCCACCGACGCCCGCCCCUAUCCUUGCCCGCACUGCCCCAAGGCUUUUUCAUUCCCCUCCAAACUGGCCGCCCAUCGCCUCUGUCACGACCCCCCGACGGCGCCGGGCAGCCAGGCCACAGCCCGGCAUCACUGCCCCAGCUGUGGCCAGGCGUUUGGUCAGAGACGCCUCCUACUCCUUCACCAGCGCAGCCACCACCAGGCCGAGAGCCCGGGGGAGCGGGAGUGAGCCCUCCCCUUGGCUCACUGGCUCCCUCUACUGCCAGCCCCGGUCAAUAAAGAGGUGGCAUCUCUAAGCCAGGCGGUACGGACUUGCCUCUUCCAGGUAGCCGGAAGGGAGGUUGGCCUCGCACUGCACUCAGACUUACAAAGAGGAGGAAGGGAAGGCAUCGGGGAAAGCAAAGCAUCACCCACAGAGUCAGCACUGGGCCCCAAACCACGGAACUGCAGGUGUGGUUUGAAAGCCCUGGCUCCGGUUUUUCUCACCUGUUCAUAUGGGAAAGGUUAACCGCCUGCUAGCAUCAUGCGCUGCUGAGGAGUGUGGGGAGACAGGCUCUCAUCGUUGUGUGUUUAACUUAGAGCCUCCACUUUGGCCUUUGAGUGUCUGUAUAAAAAAUUUUAAAUGCA